AUUAUUAACGGUUUCUGUCAUCUGUGCCUUGAAAUCUCUUCUUAAUUUUUUGUUUUGUAUGUGUUGUGUUUCAUAUUUUAUCUGGAUUUCCUUAAUUUACGGGUAGUUAAGCAUCUUACAUUUUUAUACGUAUAAAUUAUAAAUGAAUGGAUCUACAGUGGGGAAAGGCGUACGUAAAUACAUUUGGUGACAAGCACGUACGUCGUUAUCAAUAAAUAAAGUGAUUUUCUAAUUAAUGGUUAUUUUCUUAUUAACUACUUAUUUAAGAUUUACAAUUUUACAAGUUCUAGAGAAAAGGCAUACUGUAAGUACUCUUUGUUAUGAAACAAUUGUAAUUUAAGCUGUUAAGUUAGUACGUAUUAAAUUACUCAAUGAAAAGCAUGAGAGUUCCAACCAGAGCACCACCCCCAGUGCCACAACAACAGCAUAAUAAAUCGUUUUUGGGAAGACAGAAAAAUGGAGAAAAGAAAAAACCGCCCCCUCGACCACCUCCACCAAAUUUUAGUAAAAUGAGGAGCAAAUCUGCCUGGAAUUUAAAUCAGCCUUAUGAAGAAGUUUCUUUAAUAGACCUGAGUCCACCUCGCUCUCCAGCCACAUUUAUUUCAAACAGAAAUCAUGCUUUUAGUGGAAGCAUUUCUAGCUCAUUUAGUAACAGUACAAGCAGCUUAGCAUCCAGCAAAAAAAGUUAUGAAUUGGAUAAUAAUAUAUGUGAUACAUGGUCUUUGCAGUCAAACAGUGCCUCACAGUCUCCCAUAUAUUCCCAGCAAACUGAAAAAACUAUUAAUAAAUCAACUGUACAAAUGCCAAUGCCUACUAUAAUUCGAGCUCAACCAAGUAAAGUUAGUACAAGUAAUAACUUUAGAAAAGUUUUCCCUGGCAGCGAGUCUCCUCCUAUGCCAAACAUCCCUCCCCCAAGUCCCCCUAAAGAAACUGUUGAUGUUAACACACCAUAUGCUAUUGCUUUAUAUAAUUACCCUGCCCCAUAUGAAGGUGAUCUCGAAUUAGAGGUAAAUGAUAUUAUUGUUUUACUAAAAAAGGUAAAUGAUGAAUGGUAUUAUGGCCGUGUAGGUGACAAAGAAGGAAUGUUCCCAGCCAAUUUUGUUGAUGUUCAAGUGCCUAUUGAAACUAAUGAUAAUAAUGCAACAGCUCUUUAUGAAUUUAUCCCACAGUUACCAGGUGACUUGCCCCUUUAUCCAGGUAAAGUUGUUACAGUAAUUGGUAGAAUUUCCAAAGAUUGGUUAAUUGGUGAAUCUGAGGGACAAAGAGGGCAAUUUCCUGUAAAUUUUAUUGAUAAAGUACCUUCAAAUAUUUGAUUUUUAAUUUGUAUGCAUAAUUAUAAAGUAAUUUGUAAUUUAUUCAAUGUGAUACACAGGCUGUGCCUGUAUGGUGUAUAUAUUUUAACAUGUGUGCGUAAUAUAUUUUUAUUAUUGA